AUGUCGUUAUCCAUCCCCCAAGCCUCGCAAGCCGGGCUGUUUAAGGCCGGUUAUAACAGUUAUGAUGCGGAAGAUGGCGCAGUUAUUCGCAAUAUUGAUGCCUGCAGAACAAUAGCGCAGACAGUUCAAACCUCAUUAGGGCCUUAUGGAAGGAACAAAAUCGUCAUCAAUCACCUCUCAAAGAUGAUCCUAACCUCAGACGCUGCGACUAUCCUGCGAGAACUAGAAGUCGUACACCCCGCUGCAAAAUUGUUGGUCAUGGCUAGUCAACAGCAGGAGGCAGAAAUGGGGGACGGUACAAAUUUCGUCAUCAUCCUCGCCGGUGAACUACUCAAGAAAGCAGAAGAAUUAAUACGUAUGGGUUUGAAGACCAGCGACAUCGUCUCGGGUUACGAAAAAGCACAGGCAUUUACUCUCAACGCCUUGGAAGACCUCGAGGUCGACCGCCUUUCCAAUCUGCGAUCAGCCGAAGAUUUGAGCAAAGCAUUGCGCACCGUAGUUGCUUCCAAACAAUCGGGCUCCGAGGACGUUUUGUCACAGCUGAUUGCGGAGGCGGUGUUGGCAGUCUUACCCAAGAAUCCCCUCAACUUCAAUGUGGACAAUGUCAGAGUUGUAAAGAUUAUGGGUGGCGAUCUGUCCGCGUCCCGAGUCGUUAAAGGAAUGGUUCUUGGGCGCGAGCCCGAUGGCACUGUCAAGCGAGCAAAGAAAGCCAAAGUCGGGGUGUUCUCUUGUCCACUCGAUACCUCCCAGACUGAAACCAAAGGAACGGUUCUUCUGAAGAACGCCAAAGAAAUGAUGGACUUCUCCAAAGGUGAAGAGCAGCAACUUGAGAACGCUAUCAAAGAACUAUACGACAGUGGUUUGAGGGUGAUUGUUGCAGGAUCCACUGUUGGCGAGCUGGCCCUUCAUUACCUGAACCGCUACGGCAUCCUCGUUAUCAAAAUCUUGUCAAAAUUCGAACUCCGCCGUCUCUGCCGCGUCUGCAACGCCACACCUCUUGCCCGACUUGGUGCACCUAUGCCUGAUGAGAUGGGCAGCAUUGACGUGGUCGAAACUACAGAAAUUGGCGGUGACCGAGUGACCGUCUUCCGUCAAGAAGAUGACACCGCAACAACUCGCACAGCGACUAUCGUUCUAAGAGGCGCGACACAAAAUCAUCUCGACGACGUGGAACGUGCCAUUGAUGACGGUGUCAACGCCAUCAAAGCCAUUACGAAGGACCCUCGCCUCGUGCCCGGUGCGGGCGCCACGGAGAUGCAGCUGGUCGAGCGUAUCACACACUUCGCCGACAAGACACCCGGCCUCCCCCAAUACGCUAUUAGAAAGUAUGCUGAAGCGUUUGAAGUAAUCCCUCGCACCCUCGCCGAGAGCGCUGGGCUCGAUGCUACAGAAGUCCUAGCACGACUCUACACGGCACAUCAGCGUCGGCUGAGCUCGAGCACAAGUGAGGUCAAACGCAGGCAGAAAGCCGGCGACGAGUCUGAAUCCGAAGAAGAUGACGAAGAAGAAGAAGAUUCCUCCUCGUCUACCAGCACCUCUGCCUCCGAGGAGCCGUACUGGACCACUGGCGUGGAUCUAGAGACAUCUGGUGCGGCAACAGGGGUUCUCGACGCGGUAGAAGAGCAAAUCCUGGAUUUGAUGAGCGUGAAGAGCUGGGCUAUUCGGCUCGCCACUGAGGCAGCCAGGACCGUGUUGAGUGUAGAUCAGAUCAUCGUCGCCAGACAAGCCGGGGGCCCGAAGCCUCCUGGACCAAACCCCAACUGGGAUGAGGACUGA